UCUGAUCAUUCGUAGGCGAUGCUAAAAACGCUAGCGUAUUUCUUUGGACGGCUUCUGUAUGGUGUUUUGUAAAUAAACAUCAGGGUCUAAAACAAGUCAACUUUUUCCAGAAGUAAUAACGUCAAAAGUAAGUAGUCCCCUGGAAAAUAAGGUUCAAGAAUUUUCAACGUCAGCUAGUAUUUCCUAAAGAAUAAACAAUAAAUGUUUCAUGUAUAGGACAGCAAUGGUCAUGUUUAGAAAGGAAUAUAGAGAUCAAAUUCGUGAAUGAAUGAUAAGCGGUACAAAAGGACAUAAAUCAUCGCCGCCGAAGAGGACCUUUUAUCGAAAAAACAUAUAACUCUUUGCUACAGUCGUUUUUGUUGAUAUAUGAUACAUCAGUAGCGUUACGACCGUACCGUCAUAUUUAUCAUCAAAUCCAUUCCCAACAAUCUUUCUUAAGAGAAAAACUACAGUGAAGAAAAUAAUAAUCCAAAAAUGCUAAAAUAUAUUUUUCAUGAAAACUUCGUGUAUCAAAGACAAUACUGAAGGAUGUCUUGAAAAGAUAAUAAAAGUAUGGGUAAUGAUGCAAAAUUUCAUAAAGAGGUCUGUCGACCUGGUCGAGUUUAUUUCUGAUAAAUACGAAAUUGAUGGUUGUGUGCAUAACCUCCAUACUAAAUUCAUUAUUUCGAGGUUAUUAUUCGUUCGGCUAAACGGCCCUCCCCUAGUCCCACAUGCAGUAUGGUAAUAAGGAAAAAUUGAGAUCGUAGAGUACUCACAAAACCAAAAUGCUUAAUGCUGAAUACUAGGGAUCUAAAAUGCCUCCAGUACGGCGUCAAGUCAUUACGAAAAUAGAAAAGAAAGCACUACGUAAUUACUACUUUGGGUGUGUCGAAAAACCGUCGCAACAAAAGUUGAUGGCUUGGUUCAGACAACAUUUUGACAAAGAAUUGUCGCAACCGUCGGUUUCUCAGAUAUUGUCUUCAAAAUAUGAUUUCCUUGAUGAAGCGACCUCCGAAGCCGCCGAAAAAACGAAUACCCUACCUGCGAAAUAUCCUGUCCUGGAGAGUGCUCUAGUGGAAUGGAUUCAGAGAACACAAAAAUCAGAUAUUGAAGUGAAUGAGGAAGUUAUUCGAAAAACAGCAUGUGAAUUUUGGAAAAAGAUUCCCGCAUAUUCUAAUUUACCUACUCCAGAAUUUAGCAGCAAUUGGCUGGAAAAAUUCCAAAACCAUUAUUUAAAUCCUCAAGACAAUAUGAAGCUAGCUGACACAGAUCUAAUUUAUGAAUUCGUAAAGCAUUACGCCUUAGAAGACGUAUUUUCUUUUGACGAGGUCGGGCUUCUAUGGAAACUCGUUCCAAACAACCCUCCUUCUGUCGAGUUUACAAACGGUAUCCGUCGCGAAAAGGCUCGUGUCUCAAUAGCAAUGUGUUGCAAUGCUCUUGGUACCGAAAAACAACCUCUGUGGAUCAUUGGUUAUUCGAAAGAGCCUCGGGCUUUCCGUUCUGCGCGAGUCAAUAUUCAUGCUCUCGACGUUGAAUGGCGAUCAAAUGGCACUGCCCAAAUUAAUAAUCUUAUAAUGCAGGAAUGGCUUAUUUGGUUUGAUCAAAGGAUGUCCGGCAGAAAGGUUUUACUUCUGUUGGACCGAUUGAGCGCUCAUGAAUGCGCUGUAGAAAACAUUCGUCGUACUCGCAGUUUCCAAAAUAUAGCUAUCUUGUGGCUUCCAAAAAGUACCAAUCCGACACAAAACCCGUAUUCUAUGGGUAUAUUUCGUAAUUUUAAGGAAUGCUAUAGAAAUUAUUGGCUCCAGUACAUGGCGGACCAAAUAAACCAUGGUCAUGAUCCUCUCAAAGCUGUCAACAUACUAAAAGCUAUUCGUUGGAUGGUUGCCGCAUGGAAUUUUGAUGUUUCCAGUUCCAUGAUUGCAUUUAGUUUUCAGCGUUCUGGCAUAUUAAGCAUAAAAGAAAAUUCUUCUGACGUAAAACCCCCUUCUUCUGCAACCCAAGCUUCAGAACAGUUAAAGUCUUUAUUUUCUCAGUUUACAAGUGGAGAAAAUCACCUCCUCGAUCGGUUUAUAGAUCCUGUUGAAGAAAGUGUCGUGGACGAAGAUGUCGAUGUUACUGACCAAAUCGCAGCCGAAUUCUUAAAAGACCGGGAUUUUGAGAGCGAAGAAGAAGAGGAAGAGUAUGUUGUAUCCAUUACAAUUAAAGAGGCUAUGCAGUAUAUCAACAUCCUCCAGCAGUUCGAAGAACAACAAGAGAUACCAAAUCCUGAAAUUGUGAAACAACUCAUGUUUUACGGAAAAAUUCUACAAGAUCGGCAAGAUUCUAAAAACUUAUAAAUAACAGUCUUUCAUUUCUGAUUCCUUCUUCCUUCUUCCUUCUUC